UUUUUUAAAAAAAAUUUAAUUUGUUAAUAUUAUGUUAUUCCAGAGCCAAAACUGCAGAAGGCACAUCAAGAGAGGACUCAGUUUUCCGUUCUUGUCUCCUCCACGAUGUUCCUUCUCCCAUACAAGUUUCUAAUUUGUUUUUUGGUUUAUCCAUCUAAUGUUUCUUUUUAUAAAUAUUAGCAAACACAAAUACUUUUAUAUCUCCCCCCCACACCCUUUCUUUCAUCCAUUUUAAUGGUAAAUAUUCCAUUGGUGAAUAUUACUGUUUGAGAAUGACUUUUUUUUUAAAUUUUUUUUAAACCAUAAUGAUGGGCAGUAGUUCAGAACUACUGAAGUCUGGCUGGAGAGAUGAGGAACUAUUACUUUUUAAUACUGCUUGAAAUGGGAACACUUUUUUCUGGAAGCCCAUUUUUCUAAAAGAAACAAUCAUGUUUUUUCUUCAUUUUCUCCGCGCCUCUAAUCUGCCAGGAAAUAAUUCAAUGCAUUUCGGGCUGAAGCAUGUGCCUCGCUGCCUGUGGUUGGGUCACCGUCCCUUCUGAGGCUGCUCGGAGGAGGGAGAGGACACUUGCCUUCGCGGGUGUUCUGCCCCUGAGACUGACGCUCCUUGGUGCUCUCUCUGUUCCCUCCCAGAUCUUGGGAGAAGCGCGGACAUCUCUGUUUCUGCUUUUGGUCCCCAAUGCAGUUGCUCGCCCACCGGCCCCCUGUUUCUGGCGCCCCUGGGCGCGGGGGAGCUGGGGCCGCCCCGCCUGCGCACGGCGGUGCCGGGAUUGGGGGCGGGCGCGCCGCCUCCGUCUCCCGCGUGCUCGCUCUUUCGCUCACUCGCUCCCGCCCUCCCCGCCUUGAGCGAUCUCCUGCCUCAGCCUUGCAGGCUCCGCACUGCAGAUGCCGGCGGCUUCCCUGUGCUCGGCGGCUCCCGCGGUGCCCCGCAAGUCCCCGUGACCCUCCAGCAUCGGCUGUGCGCUCCCUGCUCCCAAGGGCCGGUCAGCUGCGGACACUCACCCAGCUCUGCGAGCCCAGCCGCUCAGCCGGUGAGGCAGCGGGGACUGAGACGGACGGUGGCCGCGCCAGAGCCUGGGGCGCUCCCGGAUGCGGCAGGACAAGCUGACCGGGUCUCUGAGGCGCGGGGGGAGAUGCCUGAAGCGGCAGGGCGGCGGCGUGGGCACCAUACUGAGCAAUGUGCUCAAGAAGCGCAGCUGCAUUUCCCGAACCGCGCCCCGGCUGCUCUGCACCCUGGAGCCGGGAGUUGAUACCAAGUUGAAAUUCACUCUUGAGCCAUCUUUAGGUCAGAAUGGUUUUCAGCAGUGGUACGAUGCUCUCAAGGCAGUUGCCAGGCUAUCCACAGGAAUACCAAAGGAAUGGAGGAGAAAGGUUUGGUUGACCUUGGCAGAUCAUUAUUUGCACAGUAUAGCCAUUGACUGGGACAAAACCAUGCGCUUCACUUUCAAUGAAAGGAGUAAUCCUGAUGAUGACUCCAUGGGAAUUCAGAUAGUCAAGGACCUUCACCGCACAGGGUGUAGUUCUUACUGUGGCCAGGAGGCUGAGCAGGACAGGGUUGUGUUGAAGCGGGUGCUACUGGCCUAUGCCCGAUGGAACAAAACUGUUGGGUACUGCCAAGGCUUUAACAUCCUGGCUGCACUAAUUCUGGAAGUGAUGGAAGGCAAUGAAGGGGACGCCCUGAAAAUUAUGAUUUACCUUAUUGAUAAGGUACUUCCCGAAAGCUAUUUUGUCAAUAAUCUCCGGGCAUUGUCUGUGGAUAUGGCUGUCUUCAGAGACCUUUUAAGAAUGAAGCUGCCGGAAUUAUCUCAGCACCUGGAUACUCUUCAGAGAACUGCAAACAAAGAAAGUGGAGGUGGAUAUGAGCCCCCACUUACAAAUGUCUUCACGAUGCAGUGGUUUCUGACUCUCUUUGCCACGUGCCUCCCUAAUCAGACCGUUUUAAAGAUCUGGGAUUCAGUCUUCUUUGAAGGUUCAGAAAUCAUCCUAAGGGUAUCGCUGGCUAUCUGGGCAAAAUUAGGAGAGCAGAUAGAAUGUUGUGAAACAGCAGAUGAAUUCUACAGCACCAUGGGGCGCCUUACCCAGGAGAUGCUAGAGAAUGAUCUUCUGCAAAGCCAUGAACUCAUGCAGACUGUUUAUUCCAUGGCUCCGUUCCCUUUCCCACAAUUGGCAGAGUUGAGGGAAAAAUACACCUACAACAUUACACCGUUUCCAGCCACAGUGAAACCCACCUCAGUUUCUGGACGACAUAGUAAGGCCAGAGACAGUGAUGAAGAGAAUGACCCAGACGAUGAGGAUGCUGUCGUUAAUGCAGUGGGGUGUCUUGGACCUUUUAGUGGGUUCCUGGCUCCUGAACUGCAGAAGUACCAAAAACAAAUUAAAGAGCCAAAUGAGGAGCAGAGUCUGAGAUCUAAUAACAUUGCAGAGCUGAGUCCAGGAGCAAUCAAUUCCUGUCGAAGUGAAUACCAUGCAGCUUUUAACAGUAUGAUGAUGGAACGCAUGACCACAGAUAUCAAUGCACUGAAGCGGCAGUACUCUCGAAUUAAAAAGAAGCAACAGCAGCAGGUGCAUCAGGUGUACAUCAGGGCAGGCUCUAAAGAAGAAAAAGACUGCAGGUUCUUUUUAGGCCCCAAGGACCAGGCAGUUGAUGACAAAGGGCCAGUGACCAGCAUUCUCCCAUCUCAGGUAAACAGUUCUCCAGUUAUAAACCACCUUCUUUUAGGAAAGAAGAUGAAAAUGACUAACAGAGCUGCCAAGAAUGCUGUCAUCCACAUUCCUGGUCACACAGGAGGGAAAAUGUCUCCUGUCCCCUACGAAGACCUUAAGACAAAGCUCAACUCCCCAUGGCGAACUCACAUCCGAGUCCACAAAAAGAACAUGCCAAGGACCAAGAGUCAUCCAGGCUGUGGGGACACCAUAGGGCUGAUAGACGAGCAGAACGAGGCCAGCAAGACCAACGGGCUGGGGGCAGCAGAGGCGUUCCCCUCUAGUUGUACAGCGACAGUUGGAAGAGAAGGCAGCAGCCCCGAAGGCAGUACCGGGAGGACGAUCGAGGGGCAGUCUCCAGAGCCGGUGUUCGGAGAUGCUGAUGUGGAUGUGUCUGCGGUUCAGGUGAAGUUGGGGGCCCUGGAACUGAACCAGAGGGAUGCUGCAGCUGAAACUGAGCCCGGGGUGCACCCACCCUGCCAGCGGCACUGCCCAGAGCCGCCGAGUGCGCCUGAAGAAAACAAAGCCACCAGCAAACCUCCCCAAGGCAGCAACUCAAAAACCCCCAUCUUUAGCCCUUUCCCCAGCGUCAAGCCCCUGCGGAAAUCUGCUACUGCCAGGAACUUGGGAUUAUAUGGCCCUACAGAAAGAACGCCGACUGUGCACUUUCCUCAAAUGAGCAGGAGCUUCAGCAAACCCGGUGUUGGAAACAGUGGCACUAAGAAACGAUGAUGUCUCCCCGAAACUUUGUAUCUGGACUCACCUUUUCACAGCAGUGUAAGGGUUGCAGCUGAAUGGCUCGAAAAGAGUUUUAUUUGUCCAGUGAAAAUGAGUAGGUUCAGGGAUGAGCAACAGCCCAUAAAAAAUGGGAACUGGAAGUUUUAUAAUAGGAGUUAGAAACAGGGCUGUUUUCCCAUCUACUUGCUAACUGAUGAAGUGGAUUCUUGUGGCAAAAUAAAUAUUGUGGUUUUAUAGUGUGAGUUUUUCCCAAUUUUUCAUUGUGAGCUAUUUAAAAAAGACUAUAUAUCUAGACUGUUAACUCUCAUCCAUCCUUCUGGGGGCCUUCAGAGUCCCUGUGACAGUGCCCCCAAACCUUCUAGUUCUCUGGGUAUUACUAAUAUUCAAGCAUGCACAUACCAGCUUGCUAGGACAGAAACUGUAAAAAGAAAGUAAGUUUCUUCAUUACAAAAAACUUCCUGAUUUUCCUUUUCAUGGUUUACGGAGGGGAUUGUGUCCUGUGAGAUUUCCUACAGUACGAGUCUCAAUUUUUUUUUAAAAUUCUUAUGCUAAAUCAUAGGAGAAAAAUCUAGAUAGCCUUUCUUUAACUGUCUAUUUCUACCUGCAAAAUGAAGAAAACCUUUCAUCUCUUGAAAUUUCGGUCGAUAACCCAGCUGAAGAUCUUAUGCACAGGACACACUUGGCAUAUGCUUUAAGCAGUUGCUCCGGACAGCUUGCUCGCGCCACUGAGCUUUUCCUGAGGUUUGUGUUCUCCUCUCGAGGAGAGCUUUCAUCCUCAGUGGUACGGAUGACUUGAUGGGCUCCACACAGAGCCUGGCCUGCAUCCCCUACCACACAGCUCACUCACCCACCAGCUCUCGACUGCAGACGCACAAGGCCUCUGUUCAGAAGCCAGAACAUAGCACCUGUGACUCUGUUACUUGAAUUUUGUGCUUUUUGAUUGGAGUCCUUUGUUGAGUACUUUGUUACUUGAACAUUGCCUUUCUCUGGAGAAGGCCCCAGUGCUUUCUAGCUCCCUCUCACUCCUGCCCUUUCUAGCUCUCUCUCACCCAGCGGGUCAGGGAUAGCACCUCUUGUCUCCACUAUGCAGAUGGGAACUCUGAGCCACACAGAGGUGAAGUAGCACUUCAGUUACUCAAGGUCAGUACUCCCGGUAUUCCAAGUGACUUAGCCACAUUUCCUUCAGUGCAAUAGGCAGGUUUAAUGCUCUUUGUACACAGAGGCAUUGGCUACAUACCUUGUAAAAACCAAGACUGGGAAGCCAUUCACUAAAAUCCCUCCUGACUCAAAGGACCUGUCUCCAGAUGGUACAGAGUCCCUUGAUGGCGUUUUACAAAACCAGCUCUGACUUCCUUAUCCUGAACAGGGAGUUUAUUUUAAGAAUGCUUCAUGCACCUGUUACUUGGCUGAGCAACAGGCUCACUCCUCAAUCCCUUCUGCCCGCCGUCAUUAGAGGAAUAGACUCAGCCUUCAUGUCUGUCUCUGGAAGACUACUGGCAAUACUUUCAGGAAUAUUGUUGGUGCAGCCAAUAUUGAUUUGAGCAAAUGGAUUGUUAAUUCUGAAAUGAAAACUGUAAUUGUAGAGCAGACUUUUUACUAUGAGAGGUACUAAUUUUUAUAAUAGAGAAUGUGGUUGUGUGGGCUUUUUUUGAACAGAAAACACACAAUGACCUAUACCGUGAGAAAAGCUAUUUUAUCCUCUUCGUGGUAUUUUUAGCCCCAAAGGAACUGAAGAUGGAAAAUAUGACUAAUAAGUUAUUACAGUUUUGGUCUUGAAUUCUGUGCCAUCUGAAGUUAGCAUCCAGCUUCUUAAAAAGCAGCCACGCCCACAGCCUGUUUUUUGGGAAGGGUGUAGGUGGAGAGAUGGGCUUAUUUUGCAUACCACCCUCAGGGCCCAGAGACCCACUGCAUUUUCCAAAGUUAAGCAAAUGACACCAUUUUCUUCCAUCAGCUAAACUUGACAGAUAAGAAUGAUUCCACCUCAUAUCCGUUUCUUUGCCCCUUCCCAAAUGAGUCAGAAUAGUCAUGUUCCCCUUGAGGGAUGUCUGACUUGAAUGGAGAAUUGUUCUUUCCUCUCUUGAAUCAGCUCACUAGCUCCUUGAUGGUCUGGGUUCAAGGAGUUGGUUAAUGAGGUAGAGGCCACUUAUUCAAGUCCUUGGGAUUGCACCAUUGCUGUCCACAAACAGUAUCAACAACACAUGCUGUGCCCUGUGAACACUCUCCUCUCACCUGUUUCCAGGGUUGGUCUUCCUGAGAAGGGGAUGGAGGAGAUAACACACAGUUUGGGAUAAGUAUCUGUUGAAUGAAUGAAUAACUGAAUGGAUAAUAAUAGUCCUCUGAGACAAAAAUGGCCUUGUCAGAAUUUUGAAAAUCCAGCAGAUUCCUGUUAAAGCACUCUGUGUACCAAUAACAUGCAUGCAUUGUACCAAGUAAUCACAAUGUGAAUUGGUCAAUUAAUGAGCCUUGCCUGCUUUAGAAAAUAAAGAAACCUGCAGUAGCCUCUACCACACAGCAUGUACAAAGACCAGUAUGGACUUGCUCUCUUCUCUGUGUAUUGGACACUGUAUGCAAACACCAGAAGUACUUAACAAGUAGUGGUUUCUUGAUUUUUAGAUAUGUCUGUAGCCUCUUAGCACUUUUGCCGGGAAUCAACUCAUUUUGAUGCCUCUGCACCUCAGUUCCUCUUACAAAAGCCUCCAGAUGAUCUAAAUCUAGUUAGCAAUGUCAGCCUAUGGACUGCAACGGUUUGGGACAUUGUAUUCCUUUGUUUGUCUCUUGUUCUGAAGGAUUGUAUUGAUCACAAAGUUAUAUGCAUAAAGAUUCUCAUUGUUGUAACUGUUGUGCCAUUGUCUGAGUGCAUGCAUGGAACACUGUUGUGACCGUCCCUUCUCCCUUCUUCCUUCACCCCCAACCCCAGACCCCACUUGGUCACAUGAACCAGGGAAACAGCCCGAUAAGCUCCAUCUUCCCCAGUCUAAUCACUGGGUUGCAGGGUGGCCUGUGACCUGCUCAGCAUUUGCAGAAUAGCUGGUUCCUGAAUAUGAGUAAGCACAGAGUUUAAAACUAAGAGAGUUGACCUAAAAUUAACCUUUAGAUCUACCAUUUAUUUUUGUCUUAAUAAAAUGAACAAUAAGAAUACAGUUUAGCUGCAUGGCAUUAAGGAUUCUGUAUGAAUAGAUGUAUAGUUGCUACCAUCUCCCCAUAUAAAAUCUCUUUUUACAGUGUUUCUGAGCCACUUUCUUUGCUGCCUACAGCAUUUGAGGCAGCAUUUAAAAUAUAUUGUUUUUCCUAACUAGAAAAGUAGCAGGUUUUAGAAAAUUGGGAAAACAGAGCAUAAGGAAUCAUCAAUAUUCUGUACAGAUCUUUCCAGUACGUUUGUGUAUGUGUGUACACGCCAUUAUCUACAAAAAAAGGUAUUUUGAACGUGGUAGUUUAAGCUGUCUUUCUGGUAAAUGCUCUUAUACAAUAUGAUUUUUAGUGACUAAUAUUCCUGCAUGUGUUCAUGCUGGAAUUCACAUAACCAGUACCUUGUCGAAUAGGAGGUUUCUGACUAGAUAGUAGUAGAGACAGUAACCUGUUACAUGUAUGUACAUAGCCCAAAUUAUUUUCUUAGGAUAUGCGUAUAGAAGUGGAGUUGAAGGGUCAGGAAAUAUGUCCAUUUUUAAGACACAUAUAGCUCCAAAUUGCCAUUCUUAAAGGCUGAAGUUAUACAAGCAGUGAAUCAGAAUGCCUGCUUCUCUACAUCCUGGAAGAGGCAGCAAUCUCUUUCCUUUUUUUUCUUUUCUAUGACUUCUAGUGUUGAAGUGCCAACAGAAGUGUUUUAGAAGCAGUGAUAAUGGACACUCAUAACACCCAUAUCUCAUUCCUGACUUUUAAAAGAAGCAUUAAGUAAGAUGUUGGCUGAGGUUUCUGGUAGGUGCCUAUUAUUAGGUUAAGAAAAUUCCCUUUUAUUCUUUGCUUGGUAAGAGUUUUUUUUUUCAUCAACAGGUAUUGACUUUCAUAAAAAGAACUUUAAUUGUAUCUUUUGAGAAGGGAAUAGUGUUUGAGACUUGGUAUCCUGAACGCAAAGAAAUAGCCAUUACUACGUUUUGUCAAAGAAUACCAGAUAUUUUAGAGUUAGAAGUUAUGCAGUAAAAGCUUUAUGUGCAACAUGUUCAUUGAAGUAUUAAAUGUACUAAUGGAAACCUGAAAACAAUGUAAACAUCUGGGAAUAAGGGAGAUGUUUGGGUGAAUUAUGAUUCAUCCCCAGGAUGGAAAUGUGAAGGCCAGUGAGUAUUUGGGCCACUGAAGUGGGAGUUAUCUGUUAUCCACAUCAGGCAGCUCAGAGUAAAGUCAGCAAGUCUACAGUCAUAGAGCCACCAGGAUACAGUGAUGGAUGGGAGGCCUCCUGGCUGAAGGUAGAACUGUGGGAGUGGUUCUUCCACAAAGGCAGCCAGUGCUCACCUGAAUGGGGACUGGUACUGUAGGUGUUGGGUCAGCUUCCGUGCAGUUCCCUGCUGGCCAUCUCCCAAUGCUGAAUGUCUGACUCAAUUCAGGCUGCUGUAACAAAGUACCAUAGACUGAGGUGGCUUAAACAACGGCAUUUCUUUCUCACAGUUCUGGAGGUGCGAAGUCAAAAAUCAAGGUGUCUGCAAAUUUGGUGUCUGGUGAGGAAGGGCCCUCUUCCUGGUUUGCAGAUGAUUAUCUUCUUGCUGUGUCCUCACACGAUGGAGAAAGGGAGUACGUUCUGGUCUCUUCCUCUUCUGAUAAGGGCACUAACCUCAUCAUGAGGGUCCCAUCCUCAUGAUGUCAUCUAAACCUAAUUACCUCCCAAUGGCGCCACCUUCAAAUACCAUCACCUCGAAGGUUGCUUCCUUCCUGGUGGUUUGCUCUGGUCAGACCAAAUGACCUCCUGCAAAGUGCCACUCGAUCCCAUUCUCUCCAUCCCUUCCAUCCCAGGCAAUCUUUAUUUGGCUAUGCCAACCUGUGCCCCAGGGGCUUCAAGAGUUAUUGUUUUAACAUUAAAAAAAACAGAACGUU